UAUCGCGGUCCGAGUCGAAUCGGUGUUUCGCUUCCGCAAGAUCUCCUCCCCCGCAGAAGAGACACACAGAAAACAGAGGAAUAGGUGGAAAGGUGGAAAUGUGAAUUUGGUGGAGUGUCCGUGCGCCCGCUUUGUUUGAAUGAACCACCCCACCCCAGGGGGAACGCAUAUCGGUCGCAGUGCAGUCCGGCAGCAGCAGCCGAAGGGAAUGAGUGUGUGAAGCGCAGGUUGGAUUCGAAGAGUGGGUGGUGAAAAUUCAACCACCUUCCACCCAUCCUGCCGAGGUUGGCGAGCAGGAGAAUAGCAACGACAACAAGAAGAAGCAGAAGGAUUGGCAGCGGUUGUUGUUUCGGGUGAAAGUUGAAUAGGCUCCUUCGUCGACGCCGUCGUAGCGGAGUCCUAGUGGGUAAUUGGUGCAAAGGAAACGGAAAGUGUUGGUGGUGCUUCUCUCUUUCUGGUGCCAGGCAGGAUGUGCUGGCGGAAUGCGAUGUUGUGAGCCGAAGGGAGGCCGGGCAAGAAGCGGGCUAUUGCGAGCGCAUUGCACAUAUAGCGCAAGUGGAAGGAGGAUUCGCUUCCCUGAAGUUCGACCAAGUGUUGGCGUGCGUCGGUAUAAGUGUGUGUGUGUUUGUGUGCGAGAGCUGUUUGGCGUAUCGACAGAGAAAACAGUGUUCUUUUACUGUGAAUUUCGCAGGAGAAACUAGCUAGUCGUUCCGAAGAUAGUGAGAUCGGCGAAUUGCAAAUUUUCGUGGAUAAUUGCAGUAUGCAGCUCAAGUAGCGGGAAGCUGGGGAAGAGUGUUUGUGAAUUCGGUGUACAAUUAAGGGAAAAUUUAUACAAUUAUAAGCUACCGACACUUGAAUUCAAGGAAGAAUAACGCAUGAACUACGACUCAUAUGCAGGGAGGCAGAUGAACAUACAGGACUAAUUUUGUUUAGAUCAUAGCAGCGGAAUUGCAACGUUUUAUUGCAUCGACCACAUCGCCAUCGCCUAUAGCUGUAUCAGCUUUCGGGAUAGAGCAUGAUCCUCCUGUUGCUGCCAAGGGCGCACUCACUAUAUAGGUAGGAGCUACAGUUUCCGUACAACCAAAACCACCCCCAAUGUGCAUGGUGGAAAAUCCGAAACCACCGCUCGAUUUCCCCUAUCACUGGCGGCCAAGAGACACGUACGCCACAAGUGUUGCUGCGACCCCGGCAAUAAGACAGUAGUGCAGCAGCGGAAAUAAUUGAGUGAAAUACGGUACCGACCCGAAAGGUGAAUCCCACAGCAGUGCUGGAAAGCCCGUGUGUGUUACAAGGGUUGUGAAUCCCGGAAGAGGGAGGAAAUCGAUCCCCUCGUACAAGUGGUGGAAACGACGAGUGGGUUCAGUAGUGUAAGUGUGUUUGAUAGUGUAAAAGUGCAGUUGCAAAAGAGCACUCCAUUGCUUUCGGAAUAUAUGCGUGUGGGUGUGUAUGGCUGUAUGUUCAGUGGCCGUUGAAGGAAAACCCAACAGUGGAAGAUAGCGAAAAAGUGUGCAAGAAGGAAAAGCACGUGCAAGUGACGGCACAGUGAAUCCGAGGGGACCCAGGUGUGUGUGUACGUGAUUUCUUAGGAAUGCAACAACGCACUGAGCUGGGGGAUCUUUUUUCAACUACAUAAUUCCUCAACCCUCGGCCCUGGUUUCGUCAGAAAGGAGCUUGAAAUAGUGCCCGGAAAACAUAAAAUAUAAUUUUCCAGUGGGGCUCUAAGAAGCAAAAAGGCAAGUGGCUGAAAAUAGUGAAGAGUUUAUAAUCGGCUAAAAGUGGACAUACACACACAAGGUUGGUGUUUCUGCUAAAGUGGUAGAUUGCUGCUGGCAACGAGUUGUUGCAGAAGAAAAAAAAGCCAUCAAGUGUUUCUUGUGUAAGAAAUUAUCAUUUAAUAAGAGUGAGAGGAAACAUAAAGUGCUAAGUGAGACGCCUUAAGGCGGGCGAAGAGCGUGAAAUUGUAGAGCAAAAUAUAAAAGUUCCUUAGCAUACAGAGAUAUGGAGUAGAAGAUUGUCGUGACAAGAAGAUUUACCGGAUCAAAUAACUUGCAAAGAAGAGCGCCGGCAAAAAACGGUCUCCGGCAGCACAAAAAGGAUUAGAUUCCGUCAGCUGGUCGAAGCAAGAAAGCUUUUACUGGAUUUUAUUUCCUUCGAGUUCUCCGUCUUCUUCUUCGUUUUCUUCGGGCAAGGAUCCCCAACAAUGAUCCACCAGUAACAGGCAGCACCGAAUUUCCUUCCCCCACUCACGAAAAUGCAACUGAAUGGCACGGUAACGAUGGCUGCCUCGUCGGAACCACCCGAGCCCCCACCCCGCAAUCCGGACAAAAUCAAUGCAUCGCUCAAGCAGCUAACGGAAUCGAAAACCCGUUCACUGGACACGGCUGAUAAGACAACGGCUCCGGCCACCGGUGUUCGCCCGUUUCGGCCUAUCCUGUCGCUGGACAAUGCAAAACCAUUAUCGAAACCAUUCGAAUCAACUGGGACGCCCACAUCGGCCCCGGCCUCGUCGUUCAUUACCUGUGGCGGCAGCAGUAGCAACAACAACAACGGUAGCAGUCACAACAGCAGUACCGAAUCUAAUUCCACCAGCACAACCGGAGGUCCCAGUUCGGGCAGUAGUGGCGGCAGCAACGACAAUGGUCCGGCCGAGCAGCUAGUGCGGGGUGGAUCUACCGGCAGUGGAUCUAGUCCACCGGGGACGGCCGGAGAGGGUAGCGGAGCUGGUCAAAUUACUAGCAAAUUGAACUCCGGUCAACAGCAGCAGCAGACUUCGCCAACGCAGAGCGAAAAGAGCAGUACCGGCAGCAAAGAGCAGUCUGGUGGUGACAACUCGGGUGGCGAUAACCUGUUCAAAAAUGGCGUUACAGAUCUGGAAUCUCCCCAAACCACCAAAAUCCGGCUGGAAAACGAACGCCUGACGGCGGAGAUAACCCGGCUGAAAAAGCUCCUGGAGAACUCACCGGAAGGAGCGGUAGGAGGAAUUGAUUUGCUAUCCGACAGCAACAGCUUCGACGCACACUCGACCGACGACAGCAGCAGCCGGGUGGAGAAGCUCGAAAAUGAGCUUCGGAUAUCCAAGGAGUUGAUUCAAAGCCUCAAAUUGGAACGCAAGAAGCUCCGCUCGGACAAGAGUGACCUGCUGAUCCAGGUUAAGCAGCUGUGCUCCUCGCUACAGGACAAGGAGCAAGAGCUGCGGAACUUCAUCCGUAACUUCGAGCAACGAAUACGGGAAACGGAAAACAACAGCGCCAAGCAGAACACCGAGCGGGAACGGGAGCGGUGGUCUCUGCUAAAGCAUGCACGGGAUGAAUCGGAGCGUUCGAUAGCGCUGGCUGCGCAGCUCAACGCCAGGGACAUCCAGCUGCAGCGAACCCAGGAACAGCUGCAGGAAGCCCGACGGCAACUGUCCGGGUGCAUGUCCGAUCAGGAGAGCCUUGUUUCGGCAGCUCCACUGACGCCGCCGUCCGGGCUGAUGAGCCACACCCAAACGACUGCCGGCGGGUAUUCCAACAUUAGUGGAACUCCCGGCGACCGAGGUUCGUGCAGUGCCGAUUCCGGCGUCAGAGAGCUCAUUGCAGGAAGCAGCGAUCGGGAGAGUGCCGCCGGUGAUCUGAAUCUCAGUGAUGGACCCUGUGAGAAUGGGCCUUGCAUACAGGUCGAUUCGGAUAGUGUGUCGUUAGUGUCUAGUCAUCAUAAUAUGUAUCAAUAUGGAACACCAAAGGAACGUAGUCCUACUCUAUCGCCGCUGAAUGCGGGAGCCUACUCACGGUCUGUCGAUAAUACUGCAGUAUCAAACUCUUUCCGUUCUGUGGACCAGCUGGGUUCCCCGGUCGAGAACGAGAAUCAAACCUUUUCGAGAAGACUGCAACAACAACAGCAACAGCAGCAGCAGCAGCAAGUGCAAUCUCAAUCAUCAAAGACUGGCGGUGCCACCUCUGCUGGGGGUGGAAUGAGUCUCACCGGCCGUAGUGGUCGGGGUGGCACUUGGGGUAGUAUAUCGCGAGUGUUCGCCCGAAACAGGAAUCGCAACAAGAGCAAUCCGGUAGCCGAAGCCGAAGCCACCGACUUCCAGUGGAGUCCACUGACGGAGGAGGGCUACGCGGAGAAGCUGCGACUGCUGAGGGAAGCUUCCUCGAUGCCAAUGGAGCGCUGGAGAGCUUCGCAGGUCCUAGCGUGGUUAGAGGUGGCUUUGGGGAUGCCCCAGUACAGUACACGAUGUGCGGAGAAUGUCAAGAGUGGUAAGGUUCUGCUGGAGCUGAGCGAUGCUGAACUGGAGAGUGGACUCGGGACCAGUCAUCCGAUGCAUCGGAAGAAACUGCGACUGGCGAUCGAGGAACAGCGCCGUCCGGAACUGGUGCGGUAUCCGACCAUUGGGCAGCUGGGUCAUACGUGGGUUGCUUCCGAGUGGCUUCCGGAUAUUGGUCUUCCACAGUAUGCUGAAUCGUUCAUGCACUCCUUGGUGGACGCCCGGAUGUUGGAUACGUUAUCCAAGAAGGAACUGGAGAAAUAUCUAGGCGUCACCAGGAAGUUCCACCAAGCCAGUAUUGUUCACGGAAUCCACGUCCUACGAAUCAUGAAGUACGACCGCCAAGCCCUGGCAAUGAGACGCCUGCAGUCCGAAAACGUAGACACCGAUCCGAUAGUGUGGACCAAUCAGCGAUUCAUCCGCUGGGCGCGUUCGAUAGACCUCGGAGAAUAUGCUGACAACUUGAAAGACAGCGGAGUCCAUGGUGGUCUGGUAGUGCUCGAGCCAUCCUUCUCCGGAGACACGAUGGCCACGGCUCUCGGAAUUCCACCUUCCAAGAACAUCAUCCGACGUCAUCUGGCAACGGAGUUCGAGACUCUCAUCCUCCCAGCAAGAGCCACACUGGGCCAGGGGAUUCGAACCGGCGGCGGCACCGUGGUACCAAUCGCCAGCGGAAUCGGAAUGAUGCCCAUGCCCGGAGAUCGUCGCAAUACCGGCAGCCUGCGGUUUUCCGCAUGGAAAGGAUCACAGGGAUCUCUUACCAAGGCCUUCCGGAUAAGCUCCAACUACAAACCACGCGGCCCCGGCAGUGGCAGCAACGGAGGCGGCGGCAGUGGCGGCGGAGGCGGUUCGGAUAAAAACAGCGUCUACAGCUCAACCUCUCCGACGCCGUCGUUCAGCAGCAGCGAGGGUGGCAUCUAUGCAGCCGCGGGAGGACUACAUCAUAUCCAUCAUCUGCCUCCGCCGACGACGGCUCCGCCACCAAUCCCAUCGCAGUAUUCCAGCAGCAGUAGUCCACUGGCGGCGGGCGGGACGACGGCUGAUCAACGGGCCAGCUAUCGGGUCAGCGCACCUCCGAUGGACCACGCCGGCUCAUCGGCUGCAUCCUCGUCCUCAUCGAUGGCCACGCUGCCCAAGUACGCACAGCAUCGGCGGGUGAAAAGUAUCAGUGAUAUAGAGGUUGCCUCGGCUGCACCUGGAUAGAACAGUAGGGGAUUACCGCCUAGCGUUUGCGAAGAGGAAAGGGCGCUUAGGCCGGGCAGGGUAGACUGACCACAAUUGACAGGAGGUAGAGUAUGAAUAUAGAAAGGGGAGACACGACCAGACGGCAGCUUUCAAAUAAAUAUUGCUCAAUAUGCAGUGUACAUCUGGGACCGGUUCACAGACAAGUCGGUUGGUUACUCAUGGCAAGAGUGUUUUACUUUUUUUCGAUUUAGCAAUUAUAAAUCUUAUGUCUACGUACUACUUUAUUGCGUUCGAACAUAUUUUAGAAAGCGGACAUUUAUUAAGGAAGAAAUAUAUUUACAAAGGAGAAUAUUCUUUUAUGCUUUGUAAAUUCAGGACCGCGACCCAUGCACAUGCACCUCUAUUUGUCUGUGAACCAAAGCCGGUAAUAUUGAUGCCUGGAUGAAAACAAAAAUCCUCCAUCCACUGGAGCUGUUAUCGGCUACCGCGAACUGCAUGAUCAGAGCUAUAUUCUUCAAUAAUAGAACAAAAUCACAUUCCAUAACCACUGACAGUGAACCUCGGAGUGCACAGAUAGGAUACCUCUGUUUGAAACCGAUGAAAGCGGAUGAUUUUUUUUUCGCCCUUCCAGUUCAAAUAACUAAGACCACACGUGUCAGAAUUCAUGCGAUGAUAUCGGUGAUCCUAUAUAUGCCAGCUUGGUGUAUGCCAAAUGAAAAUUCCAUUCUGAGUUCCGAUUUGGAUUUGAAUCAUGCACCAUGGUUAUCCGGACUUAUCAUUGGCUGGAGUUCUCGCGCAAAAUUUUAUUGAAAUUUCCGAUUGUGGUUUACCACGGAAGGGCCUGGAAAUAUAUGUUUGCGGUAAUAUUUAUCAAUUCUCGCGUAACAGGUGAAAAAGGCCCAUCAGAUUUUGUAAACAAAACUUGUAAUGCCCCUUUCAUCGCCUAAGCAAAUCAACAACAUCCCCUUUCCGAUAGUGUCCUCGUUUUUUUUUUACAAAAAUUGAUAGGCCAUUUUCAAAUGUAAAGCGAAAAAUUUUCAUCGUUUAAAGCAGAACACCCCGGAGCUCCAACAUCAACUCUGCAAACGACAGCUUACAUUCCACUCUAAAACAAACAGCGCGCGAAUCAACAUAUCACGCCAUAUUCCACAACAUAGCUAGGAACAGAGUAAAAAUGAGGCAAACGUAAACAAUAGACCAACGUGAGUAGUAGUGUUGCUAUUAUUGUUUCAACUACUUUUUUUUCACAGGAAUCAGUAUAGCGAAACCAACACCCAUAUGUUUUGUUCCAAUACAACUGAGUUGGUGUGCAAGCAGGGAACCGUAUCAAUAAAAUAAAAGUGUUUGUCUUUUAAACCGCAAACGGUCGAACGAAUAUGUUUGGAAAAAAAUUAGCCUACUCCACAAAACAAAUAUAUUCUUGUAAACGAUAUUCCACGUGGAAACAUUCAAAUCCAAGACUCAGAAAGAUUAUUAUAAAUGAAGAAAAGAAAAAACUGAUAAUCAAGUGCAUGGAAAAUUGAUAUUUAAACGAACAAACAUCACUGUCUCAACUAGAUUAGGCUCAUCAGAAAACAGAAAUAUAUUAAUACUGAACUGAAUAAUAUCAAUGAUAGUCAAAGUAUAUCGUGAUCAUAUGGAAGAUAAUAGGACAACUAAUACAAACUUGAUACUAAACCAAACAUAAUUCCAAAUAUUUAUAUCUAAUAUUAGCGUAACUUAUUGUAGUUCAUAAAUUAGAAAUAGUGAGCAAAGAUUUUCUCUUGUAAUUUAUCUAUAAUGAAUUCAUUAUUGGUACAG